UAAUGCGCGCGCAUCUGAUGGUGUCAUGGCGUCGGCAGUCUUAUGUCAAUUCUCUCGUUAUACUCGUCAUUAUAAAUAAAUAGUAACAAUAUAUAAAUAAUAGUAGUGUCAAUAUCGAUAUAUAUGUCAACAUAAGUGUAAUUGUCUGUAAAAAACAAAAAAAAAAUCAUUUCUAAUCCAGCAUUUAAAGUUAGAAAAUAUGUUUAAAAUGUCUCUGCUAUCCAGCUCUCGCGUACACGCUGUUUAUUUUUAGUAGUGUUUUUUUAAUUAUUUAUUGUAGCAAGAAAUUAAUGUUUAGGCAAUAACUGCAGUACAGUGAAUGAAAUAAAGGAUAAAAUUUAUUUAAAAUAAAUAAAUUGAUAUCUAUAUCUUUAAAAAUGGCUGAAAGUGAACCGCGAAAUGAAGAAACAAUAACCAUAAAUCCUGUAGCACAAGGAGCACAAGGAGCACAAGGACAUCCUUCAUGUAAUUUAAUAAGACAAAUUGGUUAUAUACCAUGUACACCACCACCUUCGUAUCCCAAUAUUAAUUUACCACCAGGACAUCCGGCAAAUUUAAUAAAUGAUCGCGGGGCACCACCUUCAUAUGAAGAAGUCAUAGAUCGUAAUGCUCCACCACCUUCAUACGAUUCACUCUUUGGUCGUAUGAGAGAAGCCCAUAAAACCUCUAAGGGCGUCUUUGACUUUUUACUUAACAUCGUAGUCCUACUUUUAGGCACCAUUGGCUGUACAAUAAUAAUUGGCGUAACAAUAGUAGUACCAGUAUGUAUGAUGAUAAUCGGUGCGAUGUAUCUGUACGAUUGUCCACAAGGAGAAUACAUUCCAGUGUAUUUAUUAGUCGGCGGUGGUUUCGGUGUCUUCAAACAAUUAUUAUAUUUAUCAGCACGUGUCCGUCAGCGGCCAGAAGAUCGCGAUGAAGAGAGAAUACGUCAAUCACCAACAUUAACGUUAAUUAAUUGCUUUACACUCGGAUGGUUUAUUAUUGGUUCAAUGUGGGUUUAUAAAGAGUAUGAGCCAAAUUAUGAUCCAUCAUUGGGUAAAUACUGCAAUAAAACGCUGUAUUUAUUUGCAUUUUGGUUAAUAACUUCAGUUUAUAUAUGUCUGGGUGUAGUUACCGUAGGGUUAUGUUGCAUUUCAGUAGCAAGUAUUACUUUCCAAAGACGACCACCAGAUCGUCUAGUCGCAAUGUGAGAUACACUUAUUUCUACUUCGUUUAUAUGAACAAAUUAACGCACAAUUUUUUUUUUAAUUUUUUUUUUUAAAUAAAAAUAUUGCUUUAAUUUAUACUUUUUAUCCUUUUGAUAAUUAAUGUGCCAUCGGAUUAAUUUAAAUAUAUAAUUAUAAAAUAAGUAAUAUCUGAACAAUCAAUAGAUCAAAUUAAUCAAUUAAUAAUAAAUGGACGGGCUGUGGAAUAAUUUCUUUUUAUAAAUACUCGGGUGCCAACUGACAAUUUUUUUAUUAUUUAUUAUAUUAAUUACGACGAUGUAUUUAAUGUAUUUUUAUUUAUAAAUAACGUUUUUAAAUUUAGCAAUACUCAAUUAUUUUUUAAAAACAAUACUCUUAUUAAAUAAGUAGUAAAGACUGUAAGCAACUCAUUUUAUUUUUCCGUCCACGGAAUUAUUAAACUUUUAUAUUUACUAGAAUUUAUUUUAACAUUAAUUUAAAUA